UGUGUAACUCUUCCUCUCACUUCAUGUGUUGAUGACAGAUCAACAGAGGUCACAUGACCACAGAGGCCAAGCGUGCGGCGAAGAUGGAGAAGAAGAUGAAGAUUCUGCUGGGUGGCUAUCAGUCGCGGGCCAUGGGUCUGCUCAAACAGCUCAGUGAACUCUGGGAUCAAGUGGAACAGGCCAACGUGGAGCUCCACACCUUCCAGGAGCUGAAGAAACAGGAAGACCACGCCAUUCCACGCAGACAGGAGGCCUUGAGAGAGGACGUCCAGAGACAGCAGGACAGAGAAAAAGAGCUGCAGCAGAGAUUCGCAGACCUGCUGCUGGAGAAACAGACGCUCUCACAGAAGUUCUGAGCGGGACCUUUCUAUCUGAGCAUCUCGUACAGCGCUUCAGCAUGCUUCACUGUCUGGAUGCUUGUGUUUCUGCUGUAAUAACUGCUUUCAGCUUCUUAAUGUUGACUUCAUGAGGACCGCCGGGAUCUCAUUCACACAGCGUUUGGUUUUUAAAAUUGUUUUUCAUAUUGACCUCGUAAGUGUAAAUAUCGUCUGCUUUGCAGUAUGGAUUUUCCAUGUCAAGCCAUUUUAGGUUUGUGCUGAAUAUGUGAAGCUCCUGUUCAGGUGUAAAUUGGAAUUAUGACUGGCGUUGGCAUUAUACAUCAUUUACAAAAUAAAUCAUCAGCGCUGAUUCCAUCUGAGCUUUGCCCG